AAGAAAUCUGUUAGAGUCUAUGGUGUGAUUCCGCGGGAGUAUUUAGAAGCAAAACCAGAAACGAAAAACCAAUCAAAACGUAACAAACCCCCACUGGAAAUAGCUUGGAAGCUGCAAAACAAUUUCUCCCGCAAUCUGCUGCCGUUUAUUUGCUAACUGUCAAUCCCUUCUCUUCUCUCUCUCUCUCCCACCCUCCGUCAGCAGCUCAGACUCUCUCUCUCUCACUCUUCUCUCUCUCUGCCGUGGAGCUUCCUUAAACCCUAAAUAAACUGUUCGCCUCUGCUGUCUGUGAAUUCGCGAGUUUGUGAUUCGCGUUGGUGAUCGGAGGUGGCGGCGGAGAUGGGGAUGGUGGAGAAUGACAGGAGCGGGGGCAGCGGGGAUGAUCGGAAGAACGAGGAGACGGCGGCGAUGAGUGAGGGGCCGCCUCCGAAGUCGCCUUGGAAGAAGCCGACGGCGGCGGGCGAUGUUCCGGUGAUGAGUGGUAAUAAUGAGUCCUGGCCUGCGCUUGCUGAUGCUGCGCAACAGCGGUCCAGGAAUUUGGACGCUAGUGCUAAAUCGGGGGCUAAUUCUGAAGUGGCUGCCCCUCCUCAACAACCACGACCACCUCAGCAGCAACAGGGAUCGUCAGGGCAACCAAAGUCACAUAGCGGGCACCCUAAUUCUGCACAUAGAUACUCAUCAUCCAGGCAUCAAAAGUCAGGGGCUAAGCGGAAUCCAAACGGAGCUCCCCCUUUCCCUGCACCUUUACCUUACCAGCAACCAAUGAUGCCAAACGCCUUUCACGGUGCAAUACCCCCGCCUCCCGUUGCUGUUCCUGCUUUUGCUUACCCGCCUGCACCUUUUCCUACUGUGGAACCUCAUUUGGUGAAGCCUGGAACCGAAACGUUACCAAUUCAACCUUUCGCUCCACCAAAUAGUGUUCAGUCUCCAAUGAGGGGGGACUCUGAUGGUUACCAACCAAAAUUUCCAAAAAGGAGAUCUGAUGCACAAGAAUCCAAUGGCCAUAUAGGCCACACAUGGCACCAUCAACGAGCAUUUAAUCCCAGAGGCUCUAAUAUCCCUUUGCAGCAGGGAAUGGGGGCAAGGCCUAUGGUCAGGCCCGCCUUUUUCCCUCCAGGUCCAGGCUUCAUGGUUGGCCCAGCCUUCCCUGGCUCACCUAUGUACCCUAUCCCUGUGGUACCACCUGGCGGCUUUAGGGGGCCUCAUCCACCACAUUUCAUCCCGUAUCCUCUGAAUCCUGGGCAUCUCAUGCUUACCUCUGAGCCUUUAACUUUGGAAGAUCGUGUAGUGAAACAAGUAGAGUACUAUUUCAGUGAUCAAAAUCUGCAGACUGACAGUUUUUUGGUGUCCUUAAUGGAUGCACAAGGAUGGGUCUCAAUAUCAGCUAUUGCUGACUUUAAGAGAUUGAAAAGAAUGACUACAGAUGUAGCAGUUAUACUUGAUGCACUACAGAGUUCUAAUGCAGUGGAAGUACAGGUUUGGCUUAUUCUAACUUCUUAAUUCUGAAGUUGGGUUUCCAGUUGGUUCCAGGUUCAUGGGUCUUAUAAGACUGUGUCAUUGUUGCGUGAUUACUCAAGGCAGUGAUCUCUUAUUUGAUUCAUAAAUUGACCUUUUAUUUGUCAGUUUACUCCAAUGGACCUCCUAAAAUCCCAUGCUUCUAUUGCUACUGCAUGUGGCCGUAUUUGUAGGGAGAUUGCAUAUCAACUUUACCAUCUUCCAUAUGUUCUGCCCCUUUGAGCCAUUAAUAUUUUACCUUGACAGGCUGACAAGGUCCGGAAACGCGAGGGGUGGUCAAAAUGGGUUCCACAAUCAGUUAUGAAGGCAACAGAGUUGAAAGAUCAUACUGCUGAUGGCCAGAUUCUAGGGAAGGCUCAUGGAGAUAAUGCAGGAGAAGCCUCUUUAAAGGACAAUGAAUACCUAUCAGAUGCCACUGCUUCAGUGGCUAACAAUUCGGCGAUUGUAAAUGAUCCUGAGACUGUGCUUUCUGGUCAAAUAGAUGGCAGUAACAGAUCUACUGUGUCGGAGACAAAGAACCGAGAAUUUGAGAAUAAUCUUGGAGAUCUUUCGAAUGAUUUUGCCAACACAUUUAUGCUGGAUGAAGAGCUGGAGCUUGAACAGAAAGUGCUGAAAGUUGAUUGUUCUUCUCCACGCAGGAGGGAUGACGAUGAUGAUGAGACGAUGGUGAAUGAUCAGGAUGUUCACAGACUUGUAAUUGUCACCCAGAAUAGUACCUUAGAUGGAGAAUCAAAACCUGAUGGUACGGAAUCGAAACCCAUUUCAAAUGAGCUUGCUUCUGCAAUAAACGAUGGUCUCUAUUUCUAUGAGCAGGAGCUCAGAGCUAGGCGUAGCAAUCGGAAGAAAAAUAGUUCUAGUUAUGAGGUUCGAGAUGGUAACUUUAGAUCUACAAAUAACUCUCCUGGAGUAUCAAAUUCAGGGACUGCUGCUGGAAGUCCGGGAAGUAAUGCUCACGAGGACUCUCGAAAUGGCAUUAAUAUCAAGAAACAUAAUAGAAAUCCAUCAAAGCAAAAUUUGUCUAAUAAGCAAAGAUUCUUCUCGGGACGUAAAGCUUUUGGGGCCAUAUCUGAAAGCCCGCCUAGUAAAUCGGUUGGAUUUUUCUUUAGUUCUACACCUCCUGAGAACCAUGGGUGAGGUUAAUUUAUCAUUUUAUGGUAUUUGAGCUAUAUUUGCAUUGGCAACAUCAUCCUAUCCUUUCACAAUAGCAGUUGGAUGGGGAAAACACAAUGGUGUCCAAUUUGUUUGAAAUCCUUUCUGGUUGAUACUAUAUUGAUGAAGGUAUUGAUUUUGAUUUGCAGGCCCAGGUCCUUAAAGUUAAGUGUUUCGCCUCACAGUAAUCUUUCAGGCAGUAGCCCACCAGUUGGUUGCACGCCAAAGUCAUUUCCUCCAUUUCAACAUCCUAGUCAUCAGCUUUUGGAAGAAAAUGGCUUCAAGCAGCAGAAGUACCUGAAAUAUCAUAAACGAUGCCUUAAUGACAGGAAAAAGAUGGGUAUUGGUUGCAGUGAGGAAAUGAACACAUUAUACAGGUUUUGGUCAUUUUUCCUGAGAGACAUGUUUGUCCCUUCGAUGUACAACGAGUUCCGGAAACUUGCCCGUGAGGAUGCCGACGCCAAUUACAACUACGGGAUGGAGUGUCUUUUCAGGUUCUAUAGUUAUGGUCUGGAGAAGACAUUCAUGGAGGACGUGUACAAGGACUUUGAAGAACUCGCUCUUGAUUCCUACCGCAAAGGAAAUCUUUAUGGCCUUGAAAAGUACUGGGCAUUCCACCAUUACCGGAGCAGCAAAGAGCCGCUGAAGAAAGACCCCGAACUGGAUAGGUUGUUGAGGGAAGAAUACCGUAGUUUGGAAGACUUCCGCGCCAAAGAGAAGGCUGCUGCCGCCAACGACAGCUAGUGGGGCGUUCUGGUUGCUGGUCAUGUUUCUCCCAAUUUUGAAGAGCAAUGCUAACAGAAAGAAAGUAAAGAGUUGGGGGGCUUGCUUUUUGCCUUCUCUCAGGCAGAAAAGAAUGCAUCUUUGCCCUCUCUCAUUUUUGUAUAUGUAAACUGCCCUUUGGGGGUGGUAUGGAGAGAGGUAUGGUGGUCAGCCUCUGUCUGAGAGUUCCUGUCUGAGGAAUUUUUUGGUCUGUUAAAUUGAUUUUCUUCUCUUUUAUUUUGUUGCCUUUAUCUUGACUGAGGCCAGAAGUUCCCUGUGUGUUCUUUUGCCUCAGCAAGCCCUUCCCACAAAAUGGUCUAACUUGUACAUAGCAGGGGAAAGAAAAGAGGAGGAAAAGGCAGAAUGGGGGGAUUUUUAAUUUUAUUGACCUUGUGAAAAUUGUGAACAAUAAGAUUCUUCUUGUUAAGGCCAAGUCAUUUGUUAUGUACUUUAUCCUAUACAGUUUUCGUUUUAAGAGUAAGUUAUGAGUUUAUCUAUGUAUAUGAA